GUGAGGUCUCGCUGCAGCCGGAAGCGGCGUGUGCGUCGUGUUAUGUGUCCGCCCAGUGGUGCUGGGGCCGGAAGAGUAGCGGGGCUGGGGCGGGUUCCUGGCCGAUGUGCCCUGGGCAUGUGAGGCUGAGCACGGCCAGCAGCGAGGCGGCAGGAUGCGGGGUUGUUGGGCUCUGAUCCCCCUGAUCCUAGGAGCCGGCUCUGCCGCGGGACUUCUGGAAGUCUCCAUGGGGAGGUUUGUGGACGUGAAACUGGAUCGCUCCUCACCCACCGAAUUCAUUCUGCAGAACAUUCCCGCGAAUGUCUCCCUCAUCCUGUUCCAAGCCCACAGCCAGUACCUGAAUGUGACGCUCUCCUUCAGCAAGGUGCAGACUACCAAUGGCUCGGAGACUGGCAAUGACGCUGGUCUCCUGACUGUCCUCCUUCCCAAGCAGACAAACUGCACUUGGUACCUGGAAACGUCACACCCGGGUCCGCAGCUGGCGUCUGUGGUCACCGUCCCGUACACGGAGAGGGAUCCCAUUCCUGGCGCGUGUAACCUGGAGUUUAAUCUGGACAUUGACCCGAACCUGUAUCUCCAGUACAACUUGUACGAAACGGUCAUUAAGUUUGCUCCGGCCAAUUUGGGCCAUGCAAGAGAGGCCAGUGCUGCGGCUUGUGAUGUGCAGGUCAGCCAGGACUCUAGGUGGCGCCUGCAGUACGACAUCUAUCAGUACUUCCUGCCGGAGAACAAUCUCAAUGACUCCGUGUUGAUGACUCACCUGCAGAAGAUGUCAAUGGUCCCGCAGGUCAUCACUAAUGGAGUGAAGCUGGCCACUCUGAUCUCCAGUGACCGCACCUCCAUGUCCUUCUCUUCCAUUCCUGGACAAGGGGUCAUUUAUAACGUGGUUGUCCGGGAUCCUCUUCUGAGCACGUCGGCGGCCUAUGUUCCGGUGCACACCUACGCCUGCAACUUCACAGCGUCCAUGGACAGUUGCGCUACGCUCGGCAGAGUAUCGACCAAAGUAUUCUUCACGCUGUGCGCAGUCUACGGUCUCUUUAUUUGCUUUUUUGGACACCGGUUUUUAAAGGCGGAAUUCUUUGCCAUGGGGUAUAUUAUCUUUGGCUUUCUCAUAUUCGUUCUCCUCACAAGAGCAUCACACCUUAAUUACGACGCGCGUCUCGCACUGACCGCCUUCACUGGAAUCAUCGGGGGGCUGCUACUGGUGGCUUACUGGUGGCGAUUCGGCUGCAUCUACCUCUGUGUGCUGCUUGUGGGGCUGGUGCUAGGAUUCCUGGUUGCGUCCACCAUAUUUUUCACCCCCAUAGGGGACUAUGCUACAUUCCGGAAUGACACCGUCUUUUGGUUGACGUUCACCUGUAUUACCCUGCUGGUGCCAGUCUGUCUUCUCCCCUGCCCAAAGAUACUGAAUAUUCUGACCUGCAGUCUAGUCGGCUCCUAUACGGUGGUGCUGGCAAUAGACAGUUACUUAUACACAAGUCUCAGCUACAUUACCUUAAAUGUCCUCAAGAGGGCGCUGAACAGCGAUUUCAGUACAGCCUACACCAGCGUGCCGUUCCAGACUAACGAUUUCGUCAUCAUCGCAAUAUGGGUGGCCCUGGUGUUUAGCGGUGUGACAACCCAGCUGUACCGCGAGAGGGGGAGACCCCCAUUCCCGCCAACCCCCUACUUGAUAUGGAAACGAGACAAAGAGCGACGGAUAACGAACAUUCUGGACCCGAGCUACCACACGCCACCGCUGCGAGAUCGUCUGCUGGCCAGCCUGGCUCGCUUCAGGGAUCUAUUCCGCAAGGAGCAGCCUCUGGGGGAGAGGACCCCUCUGCUACUAUAAUAAAAUGUACUGGUGCAGCCAAAACGAACCUAUCAGGACUGUAUUGGGUGAGGACAGCUCCUGUAUUAUCUCCGAUACCGGCUGGAAAUGUGCGGAAGGAUGUAGAGGUUCUGUAUCAACGUUCUACGUUCUGUCUGCUGCGGUGCGGUGACAUAUACGCAGGUUUAUGGAGCCAGGGACUAGUCCGAAUAAGCCUUUCAGUGUCACGUUAUGGCAGCAGAGGAAGGCACACAGACCACUACACCAGGGGCAGGCGGGCUGGGGCUUCCCAACAAUGGCCAACUACAAGCCUGCUCUGGUGUAACUUCUACAGCUCUGGGGGGAAGCGGGAUGGUUAGUAGGGUGAUAUACUAAUGAUGUAACCACAAAAGUAUUUCCGCCGAUCUUCCUCCCCCACACCCCCAGGACUCUUAAAUCACUCCGUGAAAUACACUUGGACUAGACGCAGUCGUGGUUCUGUCACAAACUGUUGGAGUAUGCUCUGAGCGACUGACCUCUUCUAUAUUUACACCAGUGAGAGACCAGGUUAUCAUGGAUGUGACCUGGUAUCCCCGACAUGAAACGCUAUGGUGGUUUUUUGUCUUAACGUUUUGAGGUUCAGCCACCCCUAGAUAUUACAGCCGACCAAUGUUCUCUGCAGCGAUCCGUUAGGCGAUUCAGUACUGGAGAGGGGGCAGCGUGUCCAGUCUGUUGGGGGUGGUAUGGCUUGUCCUGCUGUUUCCAGGGAUCCCUCCUGUGCUUCACCCUGUUACACUGAUUGGUGCACCUGCCUCUCCCCACUGUCUAUACCACUAUCCUGGUAUCGCCUCUCAGGGGCCACAGAUCAGUGUUACGCUGCUGGGUGGGGGCCACAGAUCACUGUGUUGCGCUGCCUCUCCCCUCUCUCUGUACCACUAUCCUUGCACCGGCUCCCAGGGGCCACAGAUCAGCGUUACGCUGCUGGCUGGAGGCCACAGAUGGGUGUUGCGCUGCUCAGUGUAACUGCCGCUGCCUCUCCCCUCUCUCUGUACCACUAUCCUUACACAUUCUCUCAGGGGCCACAGAUCAGUGUUACGCUGCUGGCUGGGGGCCACAGAUCACUGUGUUGCGCUGCCUCUCCCCUCUCUCUGUACCACUAUCCUGACACCGGCUCCCAGGGGCCACACGUGUACAUCUGAGUAACCACUCUGCUUUUUGUUUUUCAUAUUCAGUAUUUUGUAAAAAGCAGAAUUGCGCACUGGGGAAAUUAUAUAUUUACUAAACUGCUUAUUUUCCAAAAGUAAAAUGUGACUUUGCAAAUA